AUUUUGAUCAUUUUGAUUGAUGGUUUGGUCUGUAUACUAAUUCUAAUCAAAUUGCUUUUAUUGACUACAUACGUUCCUACAGCCCACUGUGGCAUUAAUAUUGUAAUAAUGGCAUAAACCUAAGCUUAAUAUCAAAGGCUUAGUGUUCUUUAUCAGAAAUCACCAAACAAAUUAUUAGAACGUGUAGCAUACAUACAUAUAUGAACGAAGGAGAUAGAUUGAUGUGAAAGAGGAAGAUUGUCAGUGCUAAUAAAGUUUGAGAUUUUGAAUCGGAAGCUACCGUAAAGUAGCCGUUUGUUUGUCGCGCAGCUCGCCGGUUGUCAUAACGACAGUCAAGAUGGCAACUAUGGCGGCCGGAGACGAACAUGCUGCCUCUGAAGUAUUGAGAGGACUCGCAAGACAUUUAAACUGUCUGAACGAAGACAACAAGGCGACAAGAAAGAGGGCCCUUGAGCUAAUCAAGAGGGAGACUGUGGACCGAGGACUUUCCAGCAGCGUCUUACAGGAAGUUUUCUCCGCCCUCCUCAAACCUCUCCUCAAAUGUCUCUCAGACCCGAUGGAACGAUGCCGAGAAACCGCCAUAGCGAUGAUAACAGAAUUUAUUCGUUGUGUCCCGAAACCGGAGGAGUCGCUGCCGUAUCUCAUGCCGUGUCUGGCUCAUCGGCUCGGGGAAAAGGAGCUCCAGGAGCCGGCGGAGGAGCUUCGGCUGUCGGCCGUGGAGAUGUUGACACUGGCGGUGGAGGUGUGCGGGAAGCAUUUAGCGCCCUACCUCACGGAAAUAAUCCACAUCCUGCAGAGAACCAUCGUUGAUCCUUUCCCAGAUGUCCGGAGAGAAAGCUGCAAAUGCACAAUAAACUUUGCCAAGUGUGUUCCGGAGCACUUUCACAUGCAGGCUGAGAGUCUUGUUAAGCCUCUGAUGCAGACGGUUUCUCAUCAACACUACCGGGUACGAGUGUCUGUCAUCUAUGCCACAGGGGCUGUCAUUCAGCACGGCACCGGGAAGAACGUGGACGACGUGCUGUCUCACCUGGCACAGAGACUGUUUGACGACUCACCGCAGGUUAGAAAAGCUGUGACAGCGGUCGUUGGUGAUUGGUUACUUCACAUGAGAGACCGAUACUCUUAUUUCCACAAACUCAUCCCACUCCUCCUGAGCGGUAUCAAUGAUGAGAUCCCAGAAAUAAGACUUCUAUCUGCUGAUUUGUGGAGGCAGGUAGGAGCCCAGUGGGAGAAAGAGAAUGAGGAAGAAAUCAAGGAUAAGAUGGACUUUCUUCUUACCCCACCUCCCUUCUACCCACCAGGAGUGGAACGUCCCGGGCUGGGCUGCAGAGAGCUGGUGCUGAGAAACCUGGGUAGGCUCGUGCCGGCCAUCACCCACGACAUAACUGACUGGCUGGUGCCCACACGCGUCAGGACCUCUCAACUGCUGUCUGUGCUGCUGCUCCACGCCGAGGACCACAGCACCCAGCAUCUGCAGCCCCUCCUGGCCACCCUCUACUGUGCCUGCAAGGACACGGAGCGGGAAGUGGUCAGCAAUUGCCUAGCAGCUGCUCAACUGUUGGGGACCUUUGUCCCUCCUGUUGUCCUCCUCAAGCUGCUUCUGGACCAUGUGACAACCCCCUACUCCUCCUCUCACCCCUGGACCCCCCUCAUGGUGCUGGCCGCGGUGCUGGGAGGCUGCUCCCGGACUCUCCUCAAACCGCAUCUCGAAAAGAUUGCCAACACGCUGUCGCUGCCCGAAGUCUGCCAGGAAUACCAACAGGUUGCGUACGUGGAGCAGCUGCUGUGCUGCGUGGACGUGCUGCUGCGUCAGUGUGAGUCAGACGCGGGCUCAGUCGGCCUGCAGCUGCUGCAGGUGUUGGUCACUGUCCAGAGUCUCUCCGCUGAGCCUCGUCUCAGCGCGAAGGCCUUGGAGAGUGUGCAGCUCCUGAGUAAGGUGCAGGGCCUGGACUCGACCACGGAGCUUUACAGGCAACAUAUGGGCCAGCUGUUGGAUUGGCUGUCCGGCUCAGUGAACACCUGGUUUAGUUUCUCCCCACAGAGACUUCAACUGCAUGUCAUAGUCACACAAUCAGGUCCAGUUAUUGGAGAGUUUGUGUGCCAGUUGAUGCCUCUGCUGACCAGCUGCCUUCAACCGGACAGAGACCCAGAGUUGAGGAUGAACAUCUUCACAAUGCUUGCCAAGUUGCUACUAGAUGCAUCCAACACACUGGAUUCUAAGGGGCUUUUCCGCGAUGAGUCCCAGAAGUUCCUGCUGGACAUCUUGCUUCCCAACCUGGUGUGGCGUGCGGGUCGUACUGCUGCUGCCAUCCGCACCUCCGCCCUCAGCUGUCUGCUGGCCCUGCUGCAUGGAGGGGCCAUCACACCGGGACAGUUGCUCUGCCUGGAAGAGAAAGUGAGCCCCUACGUGUUGUCGGCCCUGGAAGAAGACUCUCAGAUGGGCAGACUGUUGGCUUGUCGCUCCCUAUCGGCAUUACUCCAACUCAUAGGAACCGAUCUGCACCCAGAGGCCCUCAACAAGAUUUAUCCCAUGCUGCUGAAGCGCCUGGACGACAGCAGUGAGGAAGUGCGCAGCGUUGCCCUGCGGGCCGUUGGCCUGUGGCUGUCCUGCCUGACCGGAGACUACAACCCGGAGGUCUGGGCUUCUCAUCUGCAGCUCCUCUUCCAGCAGCUCCUCCUGCACCUGGACGACCCCAACGGCUCCGUCCAGGCCCAAGUGCUCGAGAUUCUGAAGAACGGCAGCUCGGUCCACCCGGCUCUCCUGAGAAAGGAGACGGAGGCCGUGAGAGACCAACAGCGGAGUCCUCUUUACUGCGACCAGCUGCUCCAGCACCUCGGCCUCCUGCCCGCUGACACCCCAGCAGAGCGUCCGGAGUGAGAGGAAGUCAAAGAGCUCUCUUGCUUUCAAUUGUACAACAUUGAUGGGAAAAAAAACCUCUAACAACAUGAUGGUCAUUUUACAAAGGAGCAUUUCUUCUGAAGGACUUGUUACAUAUGAAACCAAACGACUUGACGUAAUUGAAUUAACUCUCCUGUGGGUGAGUAGAUGACUUAUUUUGUAUUUAUGGUCAAAUUUUUCAAUAUUCCUGUUGAUGCAGAAUAUCUCCUUGAACAUUUUCUUCAAGGACAGUUUUUCGGCGUUCAUUCCUGUUAAUGUAAUCCUUCACAAUUCUUGUUUAUUGCUUGGGGGUUGUUUUUAAAUGUCUUUGUGAACUCCUCCAUUCGAUGUUCACCAUCCUGCAGAUGGUGCUGAGCUAAGAUGGGUCAUGUGUUUGUUCUCUUUAAAAAGUUAUUUUUUUCUUCUUUAGAUUCUUAACUAUUGAUGUGUAAUACAAAUUACAAUCAAAUAAAUCAAUUCUUUAAAAUAUUGAGUGAAACCAUUAUUAAAUAGUACAUGACAUUAACUCGCGUGGAUAGUUUCUAAGCAAAGUGUGGAAAUUACAAUACACUUGACAACGGAAUCCCAGAAGGCUGCUUUUUGAAGUAAAACAUUAUUUAUUUAAUUCCAACAAUACUGAACAAGCCACUACUGCCUAAACUAACCACAACUGGUUAUCCAAACAGAUGUUGAAUUAGUUAAUUAUCCAUUAACUAAUGCAAAACUCAAAUAAUAUCCUACAAUAUCAAAACACAUUUGGGGGGGGGGAAUUGAUGACAGAGUAAUUUUCUAUUCUUAAAUAUUGAUAAAUGAAGAAAAAAAUGUGCUCCAGCAGAAGGCGCACUUUUCUCAUGCAGGGUGUUGAGUGAGAAUUUUUCUAACAGUUAAAGAAAAUACUGCAUUAAAUGAACAUCGAUUUAAUUUUAGAUGCACGCUAUGGAAGGAUGUGGAAGGUCAGCGUGUAUUCAAAGUGCAUUAAUUCAUUAGGUGACUAUCAACAGCAUUCUUCAAUACAUCAAAGUAAGUUCUUGAUGAAAGUACAAUGCUCUGGGAAAUGAUCAACAGUUUGAUUAAUCUAUAACUAUUAGCACCACCCAGUCUAAAGGUUUGUCAACCAAAUUUAACACACUCACCACCGUUGACAAGUACAAACCCAGAACUCCUCAAAUAGUGACGGUUGAUCACCAGGCUUUCUGCUCACAUCAAUGUAAAACCCAACAUGUCAGAGCAACUGCAUGGUUGAAAAAGCCAGAUAGUUAAUGAGGAUGGAUCAAACAAACACAGGAUUUUUAUCACAGUGUUUGUGAGUAAAGUGAGGGCUAGUAACAAAAGGAACUAGUUAGUUAAUAAGUAGUGGCGUUCAUAGUUUGAAGCUUUGGGCCACUGACAAAGGGUCAGAAUUUUGAAGGUUAGUUUGUGUUUUUAUUUGAGUUUUGCAUCAGUUAAUGGAUAAUUCCAUUUCUUCAAAAAGCAGCUUUCUGGGAUUACGUUGUGCAAGUUUUUUGUGAUCAUAUCCCAGUUUUGUAGUCAAAUAUUUCGAAAAAGCAUAUCAAGGACUGCAAUAAAUCAUUAAAACGUAUCGUCAUCUGUUCCAUUUGUUUAAAGGUUUCCUCACUACGGGGAUAAGAAGCUGUCAUCUUCUCAAUUUCAAAGAAAAGCUGCCAAUUCGACAAAAGGACCUUGAAGACUGAAGCUCCUUUGACUUAGAGUCAAAAAUGUUUUGGCAGCCAUUUCUCAAGUCAAUAACUAAAAAAUUCACAAUUAUUGACAUCACAAAAACAUCAUUUUACAACAUUUUUCGGGGGGUCACAUGUCAAUUACAAAGUUUUAUUUCAUUUAAUUUAAUUUUCAGUUACUCUGCAUAUUAAUAGUGGCAUUGCUUUCUGAUUAGCUGAUGAAUUCCCUUUAAAAGAAAUUAAAAUGGGAGUGAGUUAUACUAGAACGACUUUGUUGUUUUCC